AUGUUAAGAAGAGGAAUCACUUUAACCCUAGCUGCCAUAUUAUUAAUUACUAGCUCUAAUGCUAUUUAACUUAAGCUAAAAUCUAAGUAAGUCACAACUAACACUCCAUCCCAUGAACUGUUUACUAAUUUCUUUAUUAGUGUCCAAGUAAGUAAUCAGGAUCCAACUGAAGCUCCCGGAGACACAUCUGCUCUUCCUGAACCACCAAGGGAAACUGUUACUUGGGAUUAAAUUGAAAGAUAUAGAGAUGAAUGCUGCUAAUAUAUUCAGAAAGAUCUCGAUAAUGGAAUAAUCGAUGAAUAGGAGGCAUAAAUUUAAAGAGGUCAAGUUGAUAAUAGAAUGUGGAAUCUUAUUAAUGAAUAUGAGAUGGAGUAAUUCUAUUAAGAUAUUGAGGAUUGUGUAAUUGAAAAUGAGCAUAGCAGAGAUCCUUUAUAUGAUCCAGCUAUUACUACUGGACCACCAGAGCCUACUGGACCUUAGGUUCCUUAACCCACUGAGGCACCAAUUCCAGAUCCCACAAAAGCAGCGUCCAGCAAAGCUUAACAUAAUACUGAAGCUAGAAUCACCCUCACUGAAGAGGAAAUUGAAGAAUUCAGAGAGGCUUGCACCCACUAUGUGGAUUCACUUCUAGAAUAAGGUGAAAUCUCCGAAGAAAAAGCUGAAGAAUCAAGAGUGAACUUUGAGGAGAUUCUUUAAGAAAUUCUUGACUAUGGAGAUUCGGAUCUCUAUUACUCUAAUCUUUCAAGAUGCUCUUGA